AUGUCACGACUUGCCAAUCGCGUCUGGGAACACCCUCCUCGAGCACCCGAUUCCCCUGAACAGCUAUCGGUAGCUCGCAUCUCUUCGUCGAUCAAGUUCCGAUCACGAGCGGCGGCCACGCUACAAUCUGUACUCUCUUCACGACUGGCGGCACUGGAGACCCACCACGAAGACCAGUCAGUGUUCACACCAAAGUCGAAGUCUAUGCAGGAUCUUCCUCCAGAGCUUCUCCUUCGCGUCUUCAUGCUCUGCCAGGAACGCCCCUUUCGAGGAGACACCCCACCCAUCUGGGAUACCGGAAAGCUCAUGCUCGUCUGCUCGCGCUGGCGCGCCCUCAUCCUCGACACAUCUAUGUUCUGGCGACACAUCUCCGCCACUCCGAACUUCGCCUGGCUGACGCUCUGUCUCGAGCGUUCGCGUGGCUGCACGUUGGACCUCGAAGUCCUCGCGCCGAGAUAUGCGAGCCGCGAGGCUCUGGCACUCAUCCUGCCGCACGCCCCGCGUAUACGGUCGAUAUUUGCGCAACUCUGCGUCUGGGAGGACCAGUUCGAGAUGCUCCGGCCUUUCUUUGACGCGGGGAUGCCCGCUCUCGAAACCCUGGAACUCACGCCCAUCGGCACUUCCGGAUUCUCGAGAACAUCACGGACACGUUGGAACGAACAUCCGCUGGCGGCCGUACCCUGUCCGCGUUGGCUGGUCGCAGAUCAAACAAACCCGCUGUCGAGCACUUCCUGGCGCUCUUUGCGUGUACUCAAGUUGUCCGACACCCUUCAUACCCGCCACGUGUGCACGUGCUCGAUCCCUCAGCUGCUCCGCGUCCUUGCCCACAACAUCUCGCUAGAAGAGCUCUCGCUGCAUUUCUAUAACCACCUCUUUGGAGCAUCGUCAAGGCCAGCCUCCCGAGACGACACCCAGAGCCUCGCGACACGACUAAUGGUGUCCCUCCACCACCUGCGAGCGCUUUCCGUGCAGGGCUCGUUCUGGUUUGUCUCGGCGAUCACGCAGCAUCUAGUAUUUCCGAGGAACAUUGCGCACGUCGACAUACGUGUUCGCUCCAUCUUGGUGGGCGACGCAAGCGAGGAGGACAUCGUCCGCCUCCUUCUGCCCCGCUUCCGCCCAGUCCUGGAGAGGAUGACGGAAGUAGUCAUCGCCGGAGACCGGCACAGCCAUGCGCUGCUGUACUCUCCACGGCCCCGUUGGCGGGCACGCAGGGCAGUGCACGACCCGCUGUUUUCCUUCUCUUGGGGUGGCCCCCUUGGUCUGGAAACACACCUUCGCCCGCUCAUGUCCGCGCUCUCGUCGGCGCCGGUGCGCAACCUGACACUCAAAGUGUCCAUCGGGCCGCACGGCGCUCCCACCAGUGGUAUCCCCGAGGUCAUGGCGGCCGCAGCGUUCUGGGCGGCGGCGUUCGACGCCCUCCCGUUGCUCGAGCGGCUGGUUGUCAUUGUCCGACCACCUACCUAUCCCCAGCUCCGCGUCGAUCUUGUGGAGCUGCUACGAGCGCUUCAGCCCACGGCGCAGACCCAAGCCGGACUUGGAGAAGACGAGCAGUGUUACCUUGCGCUCGCCCGGUGCCCAUUGCUGACUCGGGUCAGCAUCCAUGGCGAGCUGGGGUUUGGGCCCGGCGCGGAGUCGCUAGAAGCUCUGGAAGCCCUCGCUGACUGUAUGCGUCUGCGUGGGUUGGCGGCGGCGCCCGUGGAAGAGCUGGACCUCCAUCUUUGGUACCGACAAUCCGACGAACCAUCGCUGGAUGAGCAGCAUCGCGCGUUCUUGGCACAAGCGGGCAGAUGCGCGGGACUCUUUGUGUGCAAGCUAGGUCGCAGUGCAGGCUGUCUGGGGUGUCGAUGA